GGAGGAGGAGGAGGAGGCGGAGGCCUGCGAGCGACAUGUCCCCGGGCUGCUGUGGCCGAGCGUUCCGUGGCGCUGUUUGACUGAGUCCGUGGUGGCCUGGCUACCGGCCGAGGACGAGGGUCGGCCGGUGGCUGUCUCCCUCCCUCUCUCCCUCCCCAGUCCCCGCGGUUGGUGGCCGCCAUGCUGGGACCCGGGGCAGUUCAUGGAGCGGUUGUGGCGUCUCUCCGACUGCUGUUGCUGCUGCUGUCGCCGGUGCUCCGGGAUCAGGCACUCGGCGUGGUCGGUUCCGUUGGGGCCGGGUUGCCAGAGAGCGUCAUUUGGGCCGUCAACGCGGGCGGCGAGGCGCAUGUGGACGUGCACGGGAUCCACUUCCGCAAGGACCCUCUGGAAGGCCGGGUGGGCCGAGCCUCAGACUAUGGCAUGAAACUGCCGAUCCUGCGUUCUAACCCUGAGGACCAGAUCCUGUAUCAGACAGAGCGGUACAAUGAGGAGACCUUUGGCUAUGAAGUACCCAUCAAGGAGGAGGGGGAUUAUGUGCUGGUUUUGAAAUUUGCUGAGGUCUACUUUGCACAGUCCCAGCAGAAGGUAUUUGAUGUCCGAUUAAAUGGCCAUGUUGUUGUAAAGGACUUGGAUAUCUUUGAUCGCGUUGGGCACAGCACAGCUCAUGAUGAAAUCAUACCCAUGAGUAUCAGAAAGGGGAAGCUGAGUGUCCAGGGGGAAGUGUCCACCUUCACAGGAAAGCUCUACAUUGAGUUUGUCAAGGGGUACUAUGAUAAUCCCAAGGUCUGUGCACUCUACAUCAUGGCUGGGACAGUAGACGAUGUACCAAAGCUGCAGCCUCACCCAGGAUUGGAGAAGAAAGAAGAGGAGGAGGAGGAAGAAGAAUAUGAUGAGGGGUCUAAUCUCAAAAGACAGGCCAAUAAGAACAGGGUGCAGUCAGGCCCUCGCACACCUAACCCCUAUGCCUCGGACAACAGCAGCCUCAUGUUUCCCAUCCUGGUGGCCUUUGGAGUCUUCAUUCCAACUCUCUUCUGCCUGUGCCGCUUGUGAGAACAAAUGACCAGCCUAAGCAUGAUGGAGGGAGGGGAGUGGGAAAGAAACCAUACCAUGCUUCGGUUUCUGUAUUUUUCACAGUGAUUACAAAAUGAAAAACAAAACUAAACAAAAACCCCACACACAUAAAUUAAAGGAGAGUAAAAGAGGCAGAAUGAGUGGAGAGCAGCCCUAACCCACUACUGGUCCCAGACCUGCUUCAGUCCUACUCCUCUCUUUGUGACUGGCCCCCAGCUGUCUCUCUGCUCUUCAGGGUACUUAAGAGUAAAUGGAUUCUUCCUUUCCAAGGAUCCUUUCGUAUACCUAGUGGAAAGGACUCUGAACUCAGAGCAGUCAUGGUUCCUUUUUUGAGGUUAUAAAUAAACAACAGGAAAAUAUUAACUGAGAAGACCAGCCCUGGGAAUUGGGUACGUUCUGAAGUUUUAUCUAGAUGAGUUUUAAAGAAAGAAAAGUUGGUGCUUCCUUGCUCGGAAGCCUUUGUGGAUUGAUCCAAUGAUGGUUUCACCUCAAGUAUUUGAGAUUUGUUAUUGCUUGUCUCCCUGACAUGUGCCAGUUAGAGGACUGUCUGGUAUCCAAGACGAUAGUGUAAGUCACAUUCUCAAAUUGCCUCUGACUUGUUACCACAGCAAAUCAUUUUGAGUUUAGUGCCUGUUGGGGACUUGAUUUCUUUUUGAUUUUUUUUCCUAAUCUGGCUCAUUUGAAAUCUCAACUCUCAACCAUCCUAGUAAGUUAUUGUCAAAAAGGGAAGGAGACAAGGAAUUGGGGUUCUAUUUUCUCUUUACUUGAGUGUCUUAUCCUCUCCACCUUACCUUGUUGGUACUCCCUUCCUGGAUCUCUGAGCCAGCAGCCAGGAGGACCUGAACCGGCAGUUCUGUACUGGCCCCUUUGUAGGGUCUUGCUGCUAGGGACAGGGAAGCUUUUCAGCCUACAGCAACAGAACACUUGACCUUAAAAAGUCUCUUCUGGUCUUUGGAUUAGAAAAGGCUUAUGCUAGCAUAAUUUAAGAGCAACCUCAGAGACUUGAGCCCUACUAAGUGACUGACCACUGUUUAGAAUGUCUGGUAUCUCAUGUUCAUUUAAUUCCCAUGUCCUUGGUGUCACAGUUCAGCUGGUUCUGGUUUAUGUCUAGAGUUGUCUUAAGGAACUAGCCUGGCUGUACCAGCCCAGCUGUGUUUCUCACUGAUCUGAAUAGUAGCCCUUCUGUCCUUCCACCUAUACAAGUAGCAGUCAGGUUCUUGGUGUGCUGAGACUGGAAGACUCUUAGUCUGCCAUAGUCCUGGAAACUCUGAAGCGAACCUUAGCACCUAAAUGUCUAUCUUAAAUUCCUUGUAAACAUUUCUGUAGGAAGUGAAGCUUCUUUGUUCCUCCUAUUUUUGGCCACCUCUAUCCAUUUCCCAGUUAAGGCAACAGUUAGAGACAACCCAGAGUCAAGCUAAUAAAAGAUUUUUCUAGGUGGGAGACAGUAGGGUUUAGCUUCAGCUUGGGCUGGAGCAGUAUAAAAUUUUUGGGCAGGCCCAUCUAUGUUUAAUUUUACGUUUGCCUUAUCAGUUAACAUUUUUAGGAACUCCCUAUAUUUGAACACUUGCUCUUGUGAGAAAGAAAGUAGCUCAUGGACUCAUAUCCUGGCUUUGGCUUUAAUGAUUUCUCCAGGCCAGCACUUAGUCAUUUGAGAAUUGUACCCCUUUAUUUUCUCUCUGACUUGGGCUCAGUCCUAGGGUACUGAGUUGGGCAGCUGGAUGGCUGUAGCCCCUGGCUGCAGUCAGAGCACUUCUGGAGUGCUUCUGAAGAAUAUGGUACUGCAACCUUGGACUUGGGGACCACCUGCCUACAGCAGUGGAAAUCCUGACUAAUUGGGCUUCUGACGGUGGCUUUGGUUCUUGUUUCAUCACAAUUUCCAAAGCUAUGGGCAGCCAUCAAUGUAGGAAACAGGAUGAAGGAGGACUAGCUCCUCAUCUUGCCUUGUUUGCGAAUCUCUGAGAAAGAAGGAGGAAUACUGCCUUCUCAGUGACUCAGAGUCUCAGAAGGAAACCCUGACUCCUGGGGCCAUUUCCUAAUGGUACUGUAAGCCAAGCAGCUCUGCCUCUGUUUCCAAGUCCACCCCUUCCCCCUGGGAUAGGGAUAGGGAUGGGUACUUUCCUCUCGUUGUGUCCAAAAGGAAGGAACAUCUUUCUGUAGCUAAUAAACACUUAAAAGGGAAGGGAGGAAACAGGCGGGAAGGAGUGUGGUGGGGGCUGGGGUAGACUCCCCUGGAGCCAAGCCCACCCAGCUAGCAAGAGCUGCUGAGGGCUGGCACAUGAUGCUGAACUUGAAAAGCUUUUUUUUUUUUUUUUCCUUUUUGCGCCUCCAAGAUGAUAUAGGCUAUAGGUACAUGAAGUUUAGGUUAAAGGGGUGGGAUGGGGCACGCCUUAUUUUUAUUUUUGUAUUGUGUUUAUCAAGAAUUACUCAGUUCAUCUUUUGCUUUUUGCACUGUUCCCUUAUCUGUGUUAUGAGCUAGUACAACCACUGAAGGUUGCACUUGAGGGAAUCUGAUCAGGGAUCGGGGUGUGAGUGAUGCCAGGGAAAUGGGGAGGAGAGACCCAGGUUUUCUAUACGGUCUGUAAUCCCAGGUGUGUAGAACCUAUUGAUCCCAUUUGGCCAGGGAUGAGGUGAACUUUCCUUUGCCAGAAGUGUGGCUCUGAAAAUUCCUGAGAGGAGCAAGCAAAGACAUCUGGGCUGAGAAGCUACAGAUUUAGGUUUGUUUGGGUCAGAGACCAAUUGGUGUGCCUGAAACAUUGUGCCAAGAAACCAUUUGUGGAAUCCAUGGCCCCUAGGUCGGAUCCAUUUUUCUGGAAGGUCUCUGCUACUGAGAAAAGAAAACUCUUCAAGUGUCAGUGGUGUCAGACUCCCAGGAGGCUGUUUGAAAGUGAGACCUUUGUUCUCAUGUUCUUACUGACCAGAAGAUCCUGGGGUCACAUUAGGGUUGGUGAUGAAAUGUUAUAACAUGUGAGUUAAACUUUGUGUCCCCCAUUGGGUGCCUGGAAAGUGAUUGAAUUUUAAAAGUAUGGUUUGACUUCUUUUGGUUUUUGGAGAAGCUUCUGUUUAAGGAAUUUUUCUCCCUUUUUUGUACUGUCUGUAGCCUCUCCUGGGAAGGCCUGGCCCUGGCUUCUAGAGUCUGAGCUGAGAAUUUCAGAAAAAAGCAACAGUGUUUUCUUUUUCCGAGUAUUUAGAUAUCAUUCCUUAGAAAUCGGCUCACCUCGAGAAUCCCAGGAAAAGAAUGAAUCACCUGGGAACUAGGGAAGGACCCAUCCUGGUCAGCACAGUGCCUUUUCCUCUCCUGCUCUGAGCCAGGGUGGGAUUCCCUCUAGAUUCAGGUGUGGGCAGGGCUCAUACAGUCCCUGCCGUGGGGCUGUUUCCCCAUCCCUUCUCCCUCUCCUUGCUGGACUACUCUGACAAAAUUCAAGUGUCUUCUUGCCAUGAGGAGCCUUAGUGGCAUUGUGGUAACGUAUAACAUUGUCUUUCAUGGCUCUCUAAGAGGACCUAGGAAAGCAGGCAAGCUUUCCCAAGUGAGAGAGAGACUAAUGAAAAGACAGCUGUGAGGAGGCCUUGCCCUGUCGGCCCCUCUGUGGCCCCGAGGAAGAAGUGUGAGGAGUGAGAGCAGGAAAGCCAAACCUUACACACCUUGCUGCUCUCAGAGGGCCUGGAAGCAAUCUGUCUCUUCUAGGGAAAGACAGGAUUAGGGAUCAAAGCUCUCUAAGAAAAUUGCAAAGAAGCCUUAAUGUGUAAGCUUCACAGAUCAGAGCCGGGAAUCGUACUGUAUUUGGACUUCUCUUGGGACAAGAAUUCUUGAUUCCCUUAUGGUAGAAGACCAGGUUGGUACCAGGAGUUGCUGCCCAGUGAGGGCAGCGUCUGCACAUGAGCGGCUUGUUGCUGGUCUGGUUUGUCUUUCCCUCGCUGCCUUUGUCUUGCUUGCUCUGGGUGGCCAAAUCAUUUUGAUAAAAGCAGAUGAUUGGGGACUGGCUGGGUUGUCAGGAAAAGAGCGGGAUGGACCUCUUGGGACUGCUCCUCUCAGGAGUAUAAAAACAAGGAGCCAGGAUCGCACUGGCAGCCAGGAAGAGUAGUAGUGCCUGUUUGAGUUGGCAAAGAGGGCCUUGGCACCACUCACAUCCAGGCAGUCUUGUGCGAUGGGAGCACAUACCAUCAGGAGAAACAGAACUCCAUUCUCACCUCUAUUUUGAGCUUCAGUGCUUUAUUUCAGUAUGUGGAAAAACAACAACAAACUGAAGUGUGCUUCCCGUCCUUUCAAAGGACAACUGUCGGGAAGGGAGAGCUGAGGUGCCAGGUGGGAGGGGAGAAUUGGCAGGGAGAGAAAUGGCAAAACCAGGAAAGACAUUCUUGACUCUUCUCUUCCCUGGUGUGUCAUGAUCCAGGGAAUGAAAAGAAAUUUGACCCUGGAUUAGUUCCAUUACCUUUCCAUGAAAUUCCUAGGCUAGAACCAGCUGCCCAUUCUGAGAUCAGGGCAGUCUCUUCAGUCAUUAUUGGCCCAAUUGGGCUUGUCAGGAAACCGAUCUCCUCCAAAUUAAGCCUGGCUGCUUUGUGUGGUAUCAAGUAUUGGAGAAAAGUGUCAAGUUCUUAGUAGCCCUUGUAGCUCUUACUCUGGCCUCCCAUUCUCUCCCUGUAGAGGCCACACCGACCUUGUCUGUAGCCACAACAUGCAUUACAGCAGCACAGUGAGAUGGACUUGAGCGGCUUUGUGCCUGGCUGGCCAGGGAAGCAGUAGGGGUGGAUAGAGCCAUCUUUACUGCCAGGCUGUCUCCAUCUGUCCCUACCCCUCUCAUGCCCCACCCCACUCCCACCAAAAAGUAAAAAAUCAGGAUGUUUUUCACUGUCCAUUGCUUUGUGUUUUAAUAAACAAUUUGCAGUGACA